ACUGCACUUAUUAACAGGGUAUCCACCAGGUACGGCCAACAGGCAGAGCUCAAGGAGCAAUGUCAACAUUUGAUGGUUGCAAAUGAGGAGCUGCAGAAAAACCUGUCAGAGACACAGCAAAGAGUAGCUGAGCUGGAGCUGCAGUUCAGUGACCUCGAAAAGGAGAAUGCAGAGGUUCAAAAACACCUGAAGGACUGUCAUGUUCUCCUAGUUUCUGCCAAAAUGGACCCAGUUUUAGGAGAAAGAGUCGGAGAUGCAGCACAAAAGAAUGAGAAUCAAAGGAAAGACGUUAUGAUUAUUUCCUCUGACCUGCUGAGUGAAUUAAAGGCCUUUGGUGAUAUUGCAUCACAGCAGCGUGUUCAGCUAGAGGAGAUCCAAACAACAAUGACAGACCUCACGGAAGUACGAGAACAUAUGAUGCAGGAAAGGGAAGAUUUCUCUCUGCAGGCGGCUGAAAUGGAAAAAGCUCUCAAAGAAGCAGAAGCCCUCUUAGUGUAAAAGUGUUAAAUAAUAUUCCUCAAUUAAUUUUUUUACAAAAGCUUUCUAUAUAUUGGCAUGUAUGAUAUUGCUACUGUAACCGAAACUAAAUUUUAAAAAAAAAUCUUAUUUCCUCAUGUUUCUCAUUCCUUCAUAUUUCAAACAGUGAAAACAUGGUUUUGCCCUUACCAAGUAUUUAUGGGUAGAAUAUGAAACACAGUAUUUUAAAUAACAUCUCAUUUAGCAUCGCUUAUGUGUCAUUUCAGAAGAACCUUUUUAUUUUUGCAAUAUAUACCCAAAGACAAUACAACCCCUGGCAAAAGGCUUUCCCACUCUUGUUUUUUAUCUUCAGAAAGAAUAAGUCAGUUAAAGAAUGAUAUAUUGUGAUGAUCAGGCACUUGUUCUUAUCAGGCAUUAGUACUUGAAGAUUAAGUCUACUUACAAACAGGACAAAUCCACAGAAGGCCCACCAACAAAACCCAGUUCACGCAAGUUCUGCUGUUUCAUGUUGUUUCCAUGGCAUUAAGUCUUGGUCAGGAUGUGUGGUCUAUUGAUUGAUAUAGUAAAUAAAUUAUAUAUUUAUUCCAAAGUACUUCAUCUGCAAAGCCUCUGCCAACACUGCCCUAGUAUUUCAAAUCUUUCUUUUCUCUGGCUGAAGUCAAAUAACCUCGCCAGCAAGUUGAUUUCUCGCGAUAUUUGUGUGUUCACAAAUCUCUCAAGAAACCAUCUUGCACCGCUCCCGCAUUCACUGUUCGUACCAAUGACGUAUAUAUAGAGCUCUAUAUAUACGUCAUUGGUUCGUACAGAGCCAAGUUGGCACGGGCCAAUCACGCAGCAGUAUUCGUGUGUGGGGCGGGAUAUCCGGGUGUGAAGACGACACCAAGCGCCAGUAGACCAAAACAAACAUGGCAACGGAGGACAACGGUCGUGUAGAUGCUGCUAUUAAGUCAGUUUUAGCUGAAUCUCCUAAGGAGGAAGAACAACGAGAGGCGCUUUGCGCAUUUCUGGAUGGACAUGUCUGCAGGUUGUGUGAGGUUUGUGCUAAGUCACGCAGUGAGAGCUAUGUGUAUUGGCAGCCCUGUCUACUGGACAUCUGCAUCAAGAUUUACAAUAUGUCGUGGAAGAUACAACAUUGCUGCUGCCUCCUGGAGAUGGUCUCAGUUCUCCACAGAAGGGCACGAUGCAGAAGAGACUGCAGAACAGACUCCUGCACCUAAUAAAAAAAAGCAGGAGUCUCGAGCUCGUAACUCAAUCAGCAGUGUUGGCCGUAAGAUCCCUCACCGUCAGAUCCAGGUGAUAAGUGAGGCUGGUGAGAACUUGGGCACCAUGCACCGUGCAGAUGUGAUCAGGAUGAUGGAUGAGGAUGGUCUCAAACUGGUGCUACUCAGUGAAAACAAAGACCCUCCAGUGUACCGCUUGAUGAGUGGCAAACAGGUCCAUGAAGAACAGCUGAAACUGCGCGAGAAAAAGAAAGCAAAAGCAGCUCCUGUGCAGGUGAAGGAGCUCACCUUUUCAUGUGGCAUUGCAUCUCAUGACCUGAGCACCAAGCUGAAACAAGCGGAGAGCUGGCUGGAGAAGAACCACCAUGUGAGGAUUACUCUACGGUCAGGACGUGCACCUGCAGUCAACCUGGACACAACUCUAGAGGAAAUGGUGGAACAAAUGAAGGUAAUGGUGGGAUUUGUCUCCAAGCCAAAAGUCAUCCGUGAUGGUCAAGCAGCCAUGUGCAUCCUCCGUCCGCCUUCAGGAAAGGAACUAAAAGAAAAGAACAAGGCCUCAGAGUCACCGUCUUUCAGCUCCACUUCAAAGGCUUCUCAGAGCAAAACGCCCCCUGUUACCAGCACAGACACAACAGAAGGAUCAAUACAGCAGUGAUUUGAGGGAAAUAAAACUUUUUCACAAAAACAAGUUGAAGUCUGUGCCUACAUGUCACUCUCUAUUUGUAGUGUGAACAUAUUAAACAGAUGCCGUGUAUGGAUUACUGUAUGGGCCUGCUGAGCACAAGACCAGGGACUGAAGGGGCCAUGCUGCAUCUGGAUCAAAAGAAGCUCACUAGUUGUAAAGUCAAUCAGAAGACUGCAAAAUGAUGACAAAAAAAAGGCACAGCAACCAGAGAUGCAACACAACUACACACGUGGACAAAAUUGUUGGUACCCCUCAGUUAAAGAAGGAAAAACCCACAAUUCUCACUGAAAUCACUUGAAACUCACAAAAGUAACAAUAAAUAAAAAUUUAUUGAAAAUUAAAUAAUCAAACUCAGCCAUCACUUUUGAAUUGUUGAUUAACAUAAUUAUUUAAAAAAACAAACUAAUGAAAUAGGGCUGGACAAAAAUGAUGGUACCCAUAACUUAAUAUUUUGUUGCACAACCUUUUGAGGCAAUCACUGCAAUUAAACGAUUUCUGUAUUUGUCAAUGAGCGUUCUGCAGCUGUCAACAGGUAUUUUGGCCCACUCCUCAUGAGCAAACAGCUCCAGUUGUCUCAGGUUUGAUGGGUGUCUUCUCCAAAUGGCAUGUUUCAGCUCCUUCCACAUAUGUUCAAUGGGAUUCAGAUCUGGGCUCAUAGAAGGCCACUUUAGAAUAGUCCAACGCUUUUCUCUCAGCCAUUCUUGGGUGUUUUUGGCUGUGUGUUUUGGAUCAUUGUCCGGUUGGAAGACCCAUGACCUGCGACUGAGACCAAGCUUUCUGACACUAGGCAGCACAUUUCUCUCCAGAAUGCCUUGAUAGUCUUCAGAUUUCAUCGUACCUUGCACACUUUCAAGACACCCUGUGCCAGAUGCAGCAAAGCAUUACUGAGCCUCCUCCAUGUUUCACCGUCGGGACAGUGUUCUUUUCUUCGUAUGCUUGGUUUUUGAGUCUAUGAACAUAGAGUUGAUGUGCCUUACCAAAAAGCUCCAGUUUGGUCUCAUCUGUCCAAAGGACAUUCUCCCAGAAGCUUUGUGGCUUGUCAACAUGCAUUUUUGCAAAUUCCAGUCUCGCUUUUUUAUGAGUUUUUUUCAGCAGUGGUGUCCUCCUUGGUCGUCUCCCAUGAAGUCCACUUUGGCUCAAACAACGACGAAUGGUGCGAUCUGACACUGAUGUACCUUGGCCUUGGAGUUCACCUUUAAUUUCUUUGGAGGUUGCUCUGGGCUCUUUGGAUACAAUUCGAACGCUCCGUCUCUUCAAUUUGUCAUCAAUUUUCCUCUUGCGGCCACGUCCAGGGAGGUUGGCUACUGUCCCGUGGGUCUUGAACUUCUGAAUAAUAUGAGCCACUGUUGUCACAGGAACUUCAAGCUGUUUAGAGAUGGUCUUAUAGCCUUUACCUUUAAGAUGUUUGUCUAUAAUUUUUUUUCGGAUGUCCUGGGACAAUUCUCUCCUUCGCUUUCUGUUGUCCAUGUUCAGUGUGGUACACACCUUUUCACCAAACAGCAGGGUGACUACUUGUCUCCCUUUAAAUAGGCAGACUGACUGAUUAUGAGUUUGGAAACACCUGUGAUGUCAAUUAAAUGACACACCUGAGUUAAUCAUGUCACUCUGGUCAAAUAGUUUUCAAUCUUCUAUAGAGGUACCAUCAUUUUUGUCCAGGCCUGUUUCAUUAGUUUGUUUUUUUAAAUAAUUAUGUUAAUCAACAAUUCAAAAAUAAUGGCUGUUUUUGAUUAUUUAAUUUUCAAUAAAUUUUUAUUUAUUGUUACUUUUGUGAGUUUCAAGUGAUUUCAGUGAGAAUUGUGGGUUUUUCCUUCUUUAACUGAGGGGUACCAACAAUUUUGUCCACGUGUGUACAUACAGCCAUGGCCAUAAGUUUGGACACAAGUACCACGACGCUUGUGAAUCUUAGAAAAUACCACAAAAUUGUCACUUACAAUACAGUUCACAACUCCUGAGAACUAUAUUAAGUUUCAUAUUUCAAAAAAACAUCAAAAGAGUUUGGUGUCAUUUUGUUAUUCUUACCAAAUUCGGUUGUGAAAGUACUGCAUUUUUUUGUUAUUUUCUUCUAAUAUUAUGUUUUGGGAACAAAGUUGUUCCAAUUGUUGGAAUUCAUUGAUAAUAUUAUAUCCCUUGUUGAUUUGUUGACUAAGUAAACUGGUGCUGUCAAAAAAUAUUAGUUAUGUUCUGUAAUAGACAUCAAAACAGACAUAGUAAGUCAUGCUGUGUCCAAACUUAUGGCCAUGGCUGUACAUGGGCAAAAUAAUCGCAUAAACAACUACAAACCGAUGCAAAGCAGCUACACAUGGAUACUGCACUGCCAGAAAAAGUCACAAAAUGACCACACAGACAGUUACAAAGAGGUGGAAUGACUACAAAAAGACAAAAUUAUCUGAAAAAGACGUAAAUUAACCAUACUGGUAACUACAAAAUGUAAGACAUCUACAGACAUUAAAAAUAAUUAGAAGAGAACCACAAAGCGACACAAUGUGCCAUCUGCAAAGGUCCAAGUCUAAUGUAGCUGGGAUGUUUGCAUUGUGCCACAUUGUGUUCCAACACUACUUUUAUGCAGACAGAGGGGAUGUAAGUAAUCAAGAAAAGUUGGGAUAACUGCAGAAUUUGGUAGCACCAAUUUUCCAGGCUUGAUCAACCUUCAUUGGUGCAAAACAGCUUAAAAUUGUUAACCCAUUUCUUGUUCAUUGCAAAAAAAAAAAAAAAAAGAAAGGCGUUUUUGGAGAAUUCUGAAACGUACAUUAUUUUUCAGUCUUGGGUAACUUUGCCUUUUUUUAUAUAUAUAAACACCUUUGGCAGUUCACCACUUACCUUUGCAUCAUUUCAGGCUAUUCAUCGGACCUGAACUACUUGAAUAAAUAAAAACUACUUGAAUAAAAAAAUGGAAAAAUUGGGGCUUUCUAAAACUUUUGACCGGUAGUGUAUAUAGUAUAUUAUAGAAUCAUAAUUAAUAUUAUUUCCCCUGACUAAAAAUGAUUUUUAAAGUCUACCAGCUUGUUUGUAUUGCCAGUAUUUAGUCUUUUCUUUUUUCAUGUCUGCAUGUUAUCACUGUUUUUUCCCUGUGACAAUAACCUUGUUCUUUAUUACAGGCUUACUGAUUUAUGGUACAUUUAUUUCGCUCAUCAGUGGAUAUACUCCUGUGAAGGGAAGUUCUGAACAUCAUUUCAAACUUUCCAUAUGUAAAUGUAGUGACAUAUGAAUGACCAAGCUCUUUAGGUCUUUGUUAACUUGUAGUAAUGUACUAAAAACAGAGAGUUUGUACAUUACAGAAUAUAUAAAAUUAAACAUGAAUUGAG